GUCCAUAUUCCAAUGAGGGUCAAUAUCCCAAUAUAUAUUCGUUCCUUGUGAAGGCAGUAGUACGAUCUUCUCAGACAGUCCAAAUUUCCAAAAAUGGACGAGCCGAAAAUCUAUCUGACGGCGAUUUAAUUUAUCCAACCACCUCAUUUUAUAUAUGUUCAGUUACUCGUAUGAGCUUAAACGACAACCAGAGUGAGGAGAGAGAGGAAGGAGCACAAGCUGCAAAUACUGACCUAUCAUCCUCUCAGGCGCCCUCAGGAAAACCUCAAUCCCAGAACUCUGAAACCAUGAAAAGAGCAGCAGCUAAACAACUCAUCGAGAAGUAUUUCUUCCAACUGACGGAGGGCUGUGGAGAUACGUCAUGCUCCAAUAAACACUGUGCCUCCAGUGGUCAGUUUUACAUGAAGGACCUAACGAGGAAUCAGGCUGGUGUGCAAGCAAUACAGCUGUUUAAAGAGAAAGCUCCAAUAUGUGAAGACACACCCACAAAGAUAGCAAAAGUCCCAGAGAAGUUGUCACCAGAUGCCUCCACUGACUCACCUUCCACUUCAGGGGCCUCUAGCUCUACCAAAGCACCACCUAUUGAGAGUGCUCAUAAAAAUAAAAAGACCCCUUCUCCACCAGCCAAGAAAGAAACUCCAUACUUGACAGAGGCGAAAGUUGCAGCCAUCAUAGAGGAAUGUAAAGCCACCAAAAACUGGUCUCAACUCAUACGUAUCAUUGGGAGCGUCUUCAAUAACCAGGAGUCGCUAGAGCUCAGUUUCCAGAUCCAACCAAGUAAAGAAGAAAUGAACGCACAACUUGAAGAUGAAGACAAAGAUAAGGACGAAUCAGAAGAACAAACAGAUUGUAGUGACCAAUCAGAACCUUGCACUGGAAAAUCAAAUAUUCCAAAAUCUGACGCGGCUAAUUUGAACUCAGAGACAUCAGACGUGUUAAAAUCGGAAUCGGGCAAGUCUGUAUUGAGUGAAAGUGAAGCUGUAAAGAACAAUCCAUCUGGUGAUUCUGAUGAUGACUUAGCAGGUGUAAAAGUUAGGGAAAAUGUAGACACUUCUGCCAACACUACCAAAACUAAAUCUGUAGUUGAAGAUAAUAGCACUACAGUGGAUAUUGAAGCAGUUAGAAGAACGUUCAAAGAACUAUUUAGCCUGCCUGAGUUACCAUUUCAGCCUUCAUUGAUCAACGUCUUUAAUGGUCCCACAUUAAACCUUAUUCAGCCAUAAACAUUAAAAAUAAGUUACAAAAACAUAAUAAACUGCACUUUUCAAAAUGAUUUACAAUAAAAUAUUUAGUAAAGGUUUAUCCUCCCCUGAAAAACAUCCACGACCUUAACAAAAUACAAUAUAAAUAACACCAUAUUGAAGUGCCUAAGAAUUAACGCAUGCACAUAAUACAUUAAUUGAAUAACAAAAGAAAACAGUAAUGAAGUGGCAUCAUACUUGAAUCAAUGCUACAUUUUAGAUACUGAAAUUUGCACUGUGUUAUGAUAAACCUGAAGAAUAUAAGCAAAAUGUUUAAAAUUGUAUCUCUUGGCAGCACCAUUAUAGGUUUAUAUCAUCCCACACCACAAUAGGCAAAAUAGUGCACCAUGGUAGGCAGUUAUAUACACCAAUAUAGGCUUACAUAUACACCAUUUUGUGGCAAAGUAGUUCACCAUGAUUGGCUAUGUUAUACACCAUUUAAAGCAGUUAUGCAUCAAUUAAGACCAAGCAAU